AUGCAAAACAUCUUGAAGGAACAACUUUGUUUACAAAAUGAUUUGUUAUGUAAUAGUCAGUUUUUCCAUGUUAGAUGUUCUGCACAUAUCUUGAACCUUAUUGUUCAAGAUGAAUUGAAAGUAAUUGGUGAUUCUUUUUACAAAAUUCGAGAAAGUGUGAGGUGGAAUUCAGCAUAUAAAAUGCUUGAUACUGCUAUCAAGUAUAAGCGUUCUUUCAGUAGUCUGCAAUUACUUGAUACAAACUAUAAGCAUUGUCCUUCACAUGAAGAGUGGGUUAGAGUUGAAAAGAUAUGUGAUUUCUUAAUGCCUUUUAAUGAAAUUACCAAAUUGUUUUCUGGUUCAACUUAUCCCACAUCCAACUUAUAUUUUCGGCAAGUUUGGAAAAUUGAGUUUUUGUUGAGAAUGAAUAUGAAGAAUGGAGAUCCAGUGAUUAAAGAGAUGGCUUGUAGAAUGAAAAUCAAGUUUGAUAAAUACUGGGAGCAAUAUAGUUUUAUUCUAGCAAUGGAAGUUGUCUUGGAUCCAAGAAUGAAAUUUAAGCUUUUGGAGUUUUGCUACAAAAAGUUGGAUGAAAGCACUUACAAAGAAAAGUUAUAUGUUGUGAAGAACAAGUUGUAUAUGCUUUUUGAAGCAUAUAAAGCCACAUCUUUGACCGCGACGACUAGUUCAACUGCAAGUACUAGUCGAUGUGAAAAUGUUAUAGCAAGUGAUGAUUUCGAUUUCAUUGAAUAUUGUGUUCAAGAUAAUGUACAAAAUGGUAAAUCUGUUUUGGAUGUGUAUUUAGAUGAGCCACAUAUGGAUAUGAAGUCAUAUGCUAGUUUGGAUAUUUUGAACUUUUGGAAGGAUAAAAAACAUCGCUUUGGGGAUGAUGGUGAAGUUGAAGAUGUUCCUAUUCGUGUUCCAACCGAAUCUUCUGGAGCGUAG